CACAGAGAAAAUGUGCAACGCUUCGGAUCUGCCCCAAAUGAUCGAGCACAUGUGGAACACCACGGAGAAGUCGAACUGCUUCAUGCGAGCCUUCGUGGCUCCUCUCUCCUGGGUGGCCAUUGUACAGAAUGCUACACAGUUUAACCCAGAGCAGCUCAGAAAGCUACUUUGGGCAGCUAAACCUUUCCUAGAGAUGUCACCGUCUACUCUAAUGCUGCCGCCGACACUGAACGUCUCUCAGCUUUCUGAAAUGAUGCAGAUGCUCAAUGAGGUCUUCGUCUCCCUUUCUGGAGAGCAAAGGAAUAAUAUCAGGCGAUGGAUAAAAGACAGAGUCACAGAAAAUGAUCCCAGUUGUGCAAUAAAUCACAGCCUUUCUGGUGUUCCAAGUUCCUCAAUGCCAGUACAACCUGCGAUGCUUAAUGCCUCACUUCCUGGCUGUCAACCCAAAAUGCCUUGGCUAAAAGCUGAGGUGCUAAAGGUGAUGGGACGAUUCAUAUCACAACUGCCUGAAGCAGAUGUAAGGAGCAUACCACCAGAAGAGCUGUGUAAGUUCUUCCAGUCUCCUGAGUUCCCAUUUUCGUUCAGUGUCGGCGGGAUGCAGACUGUGACUGCCCAGACUCUAAUGCAACGACUCAAGCAGGAGUGUUUCAAUGCUAAACAGAACUUCCCUAACCAAAUGGACAGGCUCGGAUAUCUCGUCUGUUUCUACGAUGAGCCCCAGUCACUGAAUUCUACACUAAUUAAGAAGCUGCUCCACCAGCUUGGUGGUUGUGAAUACAGCGGCACAGAUGAGAUGAGGAAGCAGUUGGUAAGGAAGCUGAUGUCAGAUGGCGAACCUCCCACGUCUGAGAUGCUCCAUUCUUUGGGAUCCGUGAUGUCGGUUCUGUCUCCUUCCGUACUGUCCAGUUUCAGCAGAGAUGCUCUGAAUAGCAGUAUGUCCAGCCUGAUACAAACAGAAUGGAAGCCAGCUCAGGCCAAAAUACUGGUCCAGAAAUUAUUAGAGAAGGUUAAGGAUAUCAAUGGUGAGAAAUUGUUGUCCCUGGGCUCAAUGGUGAGAGGUGUAGACAGUGACCUACUCAAGAAUGUCAAGGCACAAGGUCUACUAGGAAGCGAGGGACUGAAAAAUAUAAGUGAGAAGUUGUCUUCUUUACAGAAAAAGGCUCUGCUUGUGGGGAUGCGUGCCGACGUGAAUGCAAGUCAUUUGAUGAAGGAAAUUCCAGAUGCUUUUAUCUCCUCUCUCUCUCUCUCUAUACUUGACAAAGCAAACCUUAAUUCUCUGGAUCAGCUGGAUGGCCGGAGCUGGUCCAGCACACAGUCUGUUUACCUUUUAAAGAAGAUUGUAGGCAAUGGACUCAAACCUGAACAAAUAAGAAAGCUGGGCCAGGCUGUUCAGGGCCUGACCUGUGACAUGAUCAAUGGUAUUACUCAGACUGAUACCUUGGAAGCAACUCAAACACUUGCUAAGUCUUUUAAUUUGCUCUCAAGGACACAGGUGCGCUGUAUGGCUAGCAAACUGUUCCAGAGUCUGGAAAACCAAAGGCCUGGAUAUUUCGCAAACAUCAGCAAAUCAGAGCUUCAGGCCAUUCCACCUCUGCUGCUUAUCCACCUACCGGUACAGGUGAUUCAGGGUCUCCCAGCCUCCUUGUGUCCUUAUUUCCUGGAGAAGAUAAGUCAAGCCAACCUUUCAUCCCUACCCAACAGUGCACCACCACGCCAGGAACUGAAGAAAAAAGCCCUUAACUGUCUGGGGAAGAACGCUUCUACAGUGUCCGCAGCAGAUAUCUCAUCUUUGGGUCCACUUGUGUGUGAACUGGACCCAACCUGGAUCUCCUCUCUGAAACCUGAUGUUCUGAACAUCACUGUGCAGGCCCUGGCUUCAUGCAGAUAUAUUCCCCGUACUUCCAGAGGGCCUCUGUACUCUCUGCUCACUAAUCUCUAUGGGGCCCCGUCUAAUUGGUCAGAAGAUGUCACAAAUUCCCUUGGGCCCCUCCUCUUACUGAAUGACAACGCACUCGACGCAUUGUCUUUUAAGAGCUGGCUAAAGAAAUCUUUAUCAGAUCUACAACGCAACAUGGAGUCUCAGGUUACACUUCUGGUUCCAGAGGAGUUCCGAGCCUGGGCAGAUUUGUCAGCCCUCCAGCGCAAACUCUUUCAGCUGAAAACUACAGUCACCCAGCAGCGGCGCAGGAGAGCGACACUAACACCUACUCUGGGAAUGAUUGAGGAUUUAAGUGAGGGAAAUGUGCUUUGGAGCCCUGCUCAGCUGUCCAGUAUGACGGCCCAAACGUUCAGAGAUGCCAUGUCUAUCUUGGGAGAGAUACGGAACUAUACUACAGAACAACUGGCAGCGCUGAGGGAUAAAGCUUUAGAGGCAUGGGGUGAUGUAACAAUGCUUAACGAAUCUAAGAUCAUGGAGAUGGGUUGCAUCUGUCAGGGUUUUAAUGCUAAACAACUCCAGAACCUUAGCAUCAGCUCACUGGAUACUCUGGAGCUUCUGUCCGUCUGCAAGUGGAACCAAACGCAGAAGGAAGCGGUCUUGCGGGGUUUUGUAACAAGAACUGGAAUGAAAGCGGCUAAACUCGGUGCACUCCAGAUGACAGGCCUGGGCCAGUUUAUCUGCGGACUGCAGCCUAACGAAACCGAACAGCUCAAUACUACAGAGUUCAAGGAUGCUGUAGGGGAUAUAGGCCACGCUUCCUGUCAUUUGAACGUCACUGAAAGUUUGAAGAAAAAAGCUGUUGCUGCAUUCGGUGACCCGAAAGGCUGGAGUGAAGCUGACGUCAGCAUCAUGGGCAACAUAAUCGCUGGCCUGAAUGCCACUGAGCUGGGACGCCUAAACUCCUCAGUUCUGCCAUUCAUCCGUCAGUCUGCCAUCUCUCUCAUCCCUCCUGACUGUCUGGCGGCGCUGUCAGUGAGUCAGUUGAAGGCUUUGGGUCCUGACAACGCAGCAGCAGUGACAUUAACUCAGCGUGCUGCACUGGGAGCAGAUCAGAGAGCAGCUGUAGAUCAAGCAGUCGGUUUAGUGGCACAAAGCACUGAAACCUCAACCACACUGCCACAGAAAGGAGGGGCGACAAAGCAAAGCAUGCUGGGAUUUAUGGUCCUUCUGCAACCUCUUGCAUUGCUGUUGUUAGGAUAUAUCCACUAAGAAGCGCAUCACCAAAUAGCUAUAGCUGGGAAUAUUUAUAGAUCCCAGACGCCUCCUAGAGGGGAAUAUUUAUAG